AUGUCCGCAGGCAAGACUUACCAGCUAAACAAUGGUGUGAGAAUCCCGGCCGUUGGCUUCGGCACCUUCGCCAGCGAGGGUGCAGAGGGUGAGACCUACAAGGCGGUGAUGCACGCGUUGAAGGUCGGCUACCGCCAUUUGGACUGCGCAUGGUUUUAUCAGAACGAGUCAGAAGUCGGCGACGCAGUUCAUGACUUCCUGAGAGAGCACCCUGGCGUAAACCGCGAAGACAUCUUCAUAUGUACCAAGGUCUGGAAUCAUCUACACGAGCCGGAGGAGGUCAAGUGGUCGCUAGAAAAUUCGCUGGAGAAGUUCAAGCUUGACUAUGUCGAUCUGUUUCUUAUUCACUGGCCGAUUGCCGCGGAGAAGGAUCUCAAUAACAUGCCUAAGCUGAACGAAAAGGGUCAGUACGUGAUCAAAGAUCAGCUCACAAAGGACCAGAGGCCGACUUGGCAAGCGGCGGAGGAGCUAUACGCUGCCGGGAAGGCGAAAGCGAUUGGUGUUUCCAAUUGGACCAUUGAGCACCUAGAGGACAUGCUUAGCUGGUGCAAGGUCAGACCUGCUGUGAACCAGAUCGAAAUCCAUCCCUUCCUGCCGAGUGAUGAGCUGGUAAACUAUUGCUUCAAGAAUGGCAUCAUGCCCGAAGCGUAUAGUCCGCUUGGAUCGCAGAAUCAAGUCCCUACUACUGGCGAGAAAGUGAACACCAAUCCAACCCUGAACAGAAUUGCGGAAAAAGGCGGCAAUACAUUAGCGCAAGUGCUGAUAGCCUGGGGUCUGCGACGAGGCUACGUUGUACUGCCAAAGAGCUCAACACCAUCAAGGAUCGAGAGCAACUUUAAGACCAUCAACCUGAGCGACGAAGAUUUCGAGGCGGUCAACCAAGUGGCGAAGGGGCGACAUACAAGGUUCGUGAACAUGUGCGAUACGUUUGGGUACGAUGUCUGGCCAGAAGAGUCUGCAGCAGAAGCGGCACGAUUGUAG